AUGGACUUUUUCUCAAGAGGAUAUACAGCCUUAAGAGGUGACCGUGGUCAACCUCAAUCCGCGGAUGAGACUAUCGAAAAGUUGACAGAUUGUCUCGAAACCGCGACCUUAUUAGAAGAUAGACGAGCAGGAGUGCUAAGUUUGAAAGGAUUAGAGGUUGGAAACAAAAGUCUUCCUGGAUUAAUUAAGGUCCUGCAUAACGAUUACAGCGAUGUAGACAUGACAAAAGCAAUUCUAGAGACUAUCACUAUUCUGUGCACAGUCCAUAAUCAGCAUGAUAAAGAUGAUAAGGGCUUCAAAUUUACAGACUAUUUUCUCGAGGAAGAGAAUAAUGUUACAAUUCUGUUGGAUAUUUUGGAAGAGUUCGAUUUUUACGUUCGUUACAAUGCUAUCAAGCUUUUGACUGCCUUACUGAACAACAGAAACAAGCGUAUCCAAGAAUGUAUCUUGACAAACCCAAUGGGUAUUUCUCGACUUGUAGAAAUGCUCGAUGAUAAGCGAGAUAUCAUUAGAAACGAGAGUUUACUAUUGCUAAUUGGAUUGACCAGCAACAACACUGAAAUACAAAAAAUUGUCACGUUUCAAGCGACAUUUGAGAAAUUACUUACAAUAAUCGAGGAGCAAGAGGGCAUUUCUGGAGAUAUCAUUGUGCAGGAUAGCCUUACAUUAAUGCAUAAUCUUCUAAGAUAUAAUGUGUCUGAUCAGGUCUACUUUCGCGAAACUAGCUGUAUACAACAGAUUCCUGGAUUAUUAGGAUAUGUAGGCGAUAGCGAUGCCGAUCAUGUACCUUACUCAUUUGAAGAUUGGCCUCCUCAAAAAGUUGCUAAUACAGUAUUAGUAUUGCAAUUGAUUCGCAUUCUCACUGAACCUGACAGCAGCAGUACACCAAUUAAUCAAAAAGUGAUGGUACAGAGUGGCAUUCUACUCCCCAUUGUGCAAUUAGGUUUAUGUUCCAACGUGCCUUCGAUUGUUCGAACAGAAGCUUUAUAUUCUAUUGCUUACGUCUUAGCAUCUAAUACCGAAAACCAAGAUAUUUUUGCAAAGGUUGUCGUAGCUAGUCCGCCUGCCUUGACCGAAGAAGGUCAGAUUGACACAUCGAUUGAGCCUGCACUUCCACGACCUGCUAUAGUAUCACUGAUUGCAGUUGCGGUAGAUGAGGACUAUGGUGUAUCCUACAGCUAUUCUAGUCGAGCAGCAGCCACAUAUACCGUAUACUCUUACCUGAACGGAAAUCCAGAUGCACAACUGGCUUUAGUUUCUACCCUGAAUCUACCACCAGAAGAUAAUGCAAAUACACACUACAAAGAUAAACCGCAUUCCGCAGGAUCGCUCUUGCUUGCAAUAAUCGAGGAUUGGGAAAGGUCCUUAAAUGACCCCUAUAAAGUAUGGUUCGCUUGUGACAUAUUAUCACAUAUCAUAAGGAAUAAUGAGCAGGCUAAGAAAAUUGCCGGGAAUAUCGUGUUCGGGGAUGUAGCAAACGGAGAAGACCCAGUGCCUCUGAUGCACCAUAUUAUUGCUCAGUUAUUGAUAUCUACCAAGAAUUCAUCGACAAAUCCACGUAUACCUAUCGGCUAUCUCUGUUUAUUGUGUAUUUGGCUUUUUGAUAGUCCAACUUCAGUCAGUUUGUUUUUAGCAGAAAGCACUCACGUCCAGUUUCUAAUCCAAGAGAUGCAGUCUUCAACUAAUGACGCUAUAGUUCAAGCGAUUUAUUCUGGCCGCUUGGAUCAAUUUCAUAGUUCUUUAGCGCGUCUGCGGGACAGUUCAGCUGUUAUAAACGCCCCACAAUAUUUACAAAUUUCAGCCGAAGAUGAAUCUAUAUCCGUUACAACGCAUUCGCUUCCGUCAUUGUUGCUCGAUAGCGUUUUUGUGGACUUAUUCAAAUCAACAUAUGAACAUAUUCAUAAAUCACUCAAGAAGAAGCCUAACAGCUUUACUGCACGAUCAAAGAAACAAGCUACACCUGCAUCGUCUAUCUCGGAAGAAGUUGUACAAAGUUACAAACUACAAAUCGACGAGCAAGCAACCCAAAUUAAAACGCUCGAAGACAAGUUGGAGAAACUAGAAGCUCUUCUACAGUCGAUUGUAAGUCAAAAGGGCACACUGUCCGUUGUUAAUAACGACAAUAAGCAAUUAAAGGAACAAGUGUCACAAUUGGAAACUGAAUUGACAUCAAUUAAAUCAUUUAUUCAUUAUGAGGAAGAUGAGGAUGAGGACGAAGAAUAA